UUGAAAUCUGGACAAUUCCUACUAUGCGGAUCAUGAACUCCUGACGGGCACUCGCAAAUGUAACAAUUGCUCCCGAACAAUUCAACGAAGUCAUUCAAUCAAAUUCCCAAUAUAACUGAAGCCUUUUUGAGAUCACUCGCUAUAAUAAGAUGUGCGUAGAGCAAGAAGUUCGUUGCACAGGAUGCAAUGAAUCGAGUACCAGCGUUUACAUCUGUUCGAGGUUCAAGAGAUGGCAAAGAAACCACAAGAAGAUUGUCAGUCAUAGACGAUGUGGAGAAUUCAGUAUAUCUCGACCAAGAAAACAAACAAGUUUGGCUCACGUGGAUUGUCCCAUUCAAUCCGAACAAGAACAAGAACAAAUCGAGUAUGAACAUAGCGAAGCGUUCAUGUAUGAUUACGCUUCACAAUGUCCGAGUCCAAUUCCAACAUAUCCGGCUUAUGCAAUGCCAUACCCACACUAUCCUUCAUGGUGUGUAUGAUUAGAGGGUGAAUUUGCGAGAACCAUCUUCAUGGAUUGCUAUCACAAGAGAGUUGGAAUACCAGAGUUUUGAAGAGAGUUGGAUGAAGGAGAGAACUCGCGGUGGCGAGCUCGGGAACUGUGGGAAGAUUUCAUUGAAGACUGCAGAAGGGAUCAUUUUGGAGAGUUGGCCCUUUUUCCCGUUGGACAGAGCAGAGUACUAGGUAGACUUUCAGGAUCAUCAACCUGGACUCAGCCCCAACACGUGCCAAAAUGAGCCACACGAGCCACACGAGCCUUCACCCCGUCGAGCCCGUCCACCGAAGGGUUUUUCUCGAUUCUCCAGUUUCAGUUGUUGAGCCAAGGUUGAUCCAGGGCUGAUCCAGGGUUGAUCCAUUUCCAUCUCCAUCCUGGCAUCCUCCCUCCUCCUUUUUACUCCGUAAUUUCCAAUAGAGUGAUUUGAUUAGCUCAACUUAAAAUAGUGGAGACAUUUUACAAUCUCUAUGUAAUCUCGAGGUAAUCUGAGGUAAUAUGAUGCUAAAAUAUCCUCAUAAUCCUGCACCAUCCUAGGUAUAUAUC